AUCUGAUCAAAUUGAUGGGCAGCCGAGUAUCCAUAUGUGUGACCUGGGCCCAAAACUUACUUUCGAUCUCAACCAUCCGCGAGACACUCUAGCCGCCUACAGAACAGUCUUGUCUCUACGUGGCCUCGCUCGAGACCUAUAUAACAGCGCUAAUUCUCGAGCAUAUACCCUACGUCAACCCUUUUCUGCCCUUCAUCAGUGGCGUGCAGAUACCUUCAACUUCUUGUGGCCUACAGAGGAUACGAAUUCGAAGAUUUCUCGUUGGCUUGAACAGAGCAUCCCACCCACGGAAUCUGAAAUCAUGGCUGAGGACCUACGACGUCAACUCCAGUAGCUCCCCACU